CAUGACAUCUCUAUUUGUGCUUCCCCUAAUACUCGCUGGACUCAUGGGAAUCCACAGCCAAAUUAUUACAGUGAGUAAAGUGUCAGUCAAGGCUGGAGACUCCAUCUCCAUCCCAUGUCUCUAUGAGCCGGAAUACAAAACCCAUGUGAAAUACUUGUGUAAAGGACACUUUUGGGACUUCUGCAGAUAUAAAGUUAAAACAAAUGAGCCAGAUGAUUCAGGGAAGUUUUUGAUCUCUGAUGACCCAAACCGAACUAUCUUCACUGUGACUAUCAAAGAUCUGGAAGUUAAGGACACUGCUUAUUACUGGUGUGCUGUGGAGAUGGAUAAGGAGAAUGAUGUCAAAAAGUAUUUUCAUCUGUCAGUUACCAGAGGUACUCCAAGUCUGUAUGUGAACCAACAAGAAAUAACAGCAUAUGAAGGAGGAAGUGUGACUGUCAGAUGUCACUGUCAAGAAAGAAAAGAACGAAAGUGGUGCAGGCUCUCACACCUGCAUCCUGUCAGGUGUGUGUCAGAGCCAUCUGAAUCAAUAGAUGGAACAAGAGUGACCAUCAAUGCAAGUGCACCCAGUGUUUUCACUGUGACUAUGAGUGGACUGAGGACAGACAGCAGUGGCUGGUACUGGUGCGGCAUUAAAAACUUUCAGAUGCCAGUGCAUAUAACUGUUCAUGCAUUAACCUCAACUACAACUACAACUACAACGACUCCCAGUACAGCAGACAUUAUAACGACACUUCCAACCACCGCCCAGCAUUCCUCCCUGCUUACGAGUGCAGAGCCACACACAGCUCAGCCCACAAACUCCGCCAUAAACGGGACAGCUGGAGAGAGCCAGCAAGAUGAGAACAAGAGUUCCACUAUGGUGAUAAUUCUCACCACCACCCUCAUCUUACUGCUGUUGAUUGUACUUGCUGCCUUUUUGGGGUGGAAGAUAAUGAGAAGAUAUAAAAACAAGCCUCAGAGGACGGACAUCACUGCGGGCUCACAUACUGGGAGUGAUCCUGAUGUGCAGUAUGCCACCAUUGUUCAUAAGCAACAUGUAGCAGACCAGCAGAAGAAUGAAGACAGUGUGACAUACAGUAACAUUGUGUUGAAAGAUCGCGUGCGACAAAUGGCUGAACCAGUAGAUGGAAGUGUGAUCUACAGCACAGUACACUCUAGAAAAGCUUAAGUGCGUGUUAGCAGAGAACAUGGGAGAACGUCAGUCGUGCAAGUAUGGCAACACUGAUGAAAUCAAUCGGAUGUGCACUUUAUUUGUGGUAUGUUACA